AUGGAUCUCCACUGCGCGGCGCAAAAAAUUCUCCGCUGUCUCUGUCUCGAAGCCUCUCUUGCUCAGUCAACGCGCAUCAACCAUCCACCAACCUCCGCCGACAAUAGAUUCACCCCUAAUCGUCCGCGCUCACUCACUGAGUCAAGAGAAGGUCUUGACACGUUCUCCGAUUUCGCAUGCGGGAUUGAAUUAUCCAGGGACCGUGUAGCGUCAAGAGAUCGCCGGAGAAUAAGGGGUCUGGUAAUCAGGGAUAAUGUUUUGCAGAAGAAGAAAAAAGGCAGAGAGUUUCGAAAAAUGACGUCGCCACCGACGACGACUUCUCUCUCGGUUAGACAAACAAUAAACGGAUCGCACAGCUUCACAAUCAAGGGGUAUUCGCUAGCCAAAGGAAUCGGGAUCGGAAACACAUCAAGGGACACAUUCACCGUCAGUGGAUACCAGUGGGCAAUCUAUUUCUACCCCGACGGCAAGAACCCGGAGGACAAUUCGGCUUACGUCUCCGUUUUCAUCGCCUGA